GACAGUUUCCGGUGCCGAGCUGCCUCUUGUUGGCGCCGGUUGAACGAAGGUGUGCAAGAUGUGGUCUAUGGACUUUCUGGACGAUGUGCGGCGGAUGAACAAGAGGCAGCUGUACUAUCAAAUUUUAAACUUUGGUAUGAUUGUAUCCUCUGCACUGAUGAUCUGGAAAGGUCUCAUGGUGGUCACUGGCAGCGAGAGUCCUAUAGUUGUUGUUCUUAGUGGCAGCAUGGAGCCUGCAUUCCAUCGAGGAGACUUGCUUUUCUUGACCAAUCGUGUGGAUGAUCCUAUUAGAGUGGGUGAAAUAGUGGUUUUCAGAAUAGAAGGAAGAGAGAUACCAAUUGUACAUCGUGUUCUGAAAAUUCAUGAGAAGGAAAAUGGAAACAUCAAAUUCCUGACGAAGGGAGACAACAAUGCUGUGGAUGAUCGAGGGCUGUACAAGCAGGGACAGAACUGGCUGGAAAAGAAGGAUGUGGUGGGAAGGGCAAGAGGGUUUGUGCCCUAUAUAGGAAUUGUUACAAUUCUCAUGAACGACUACCCUAAAUUUAAGUAUGCAGUUUUGUUCCUGCUUGGACUGUUUGUCCUUGUACAUCGAGAAUAACAACCUGGCAUUCGGGAACAAUCUAUCAGCACAGAUUCAGUCUGUGGUUACCCAUCUGUAACUUGUCAGAGUGAGAUUUCUAAAAGGACAGAUCUCAUCUAGCAGUUUAAAAUUCUACAUAUGAAACCAGUAUUUUUUUCUUUUUCUUUUUUAUACAUGUGUAUAUGUGCUCACUUCUCAUUAAUGCAGAGAAAGAGAGAUUCAAAAAAAUUGGGCCCAAUCUCUGCCACGGUUUUUCUACCUCCGUGGCUUCAUACGGGUCAAUCCAUAAAUAUCUACUGCACUGUUUACAUUUUUUUUAUUUGUACUUUGAGUGGUAUUUUUUUAAUUAUAUUUAAUACCAAAGUCCCUCAUUGUUAAAAAAAAAAAAUAUGAAACCUGUCUACAUUUUAUUCGGAAGUGCCUAUCUAAGAAUUGUUGUGGUCUGCAGUGAUUAGGCUACAGUCGAAAAA